AUGCGCCAUAUCGCUGCUUACCUCCUCCUCCAAAUCGGCGGCAAUGCCUCUCCUUCGGCCGCCGAUGUGAAGAAGGUCCUCGGUGCUGUUGGUAUCGAGGCCGAUGAAGAGCGCCUCGAGAAGCUCGUCUCUGAGCUCGAGGGCAAGGAUGUCAAUGAGCUCAUCGCUGAGGGUAACGGCAAGCUUGCUUCCGUUCCUUCUGGUGGUGCUGCCUCUGCCGCCCCUGCCGCCGGUGGUGCCGCCCCCGCUGCCGCUGCCGAGAAGGAGGAGGAGAAGAAGGAAGAGGAGAAGGAAGAGUCCGACGACGACAUGGGCUUUGGUCUGUUCGACUAA